ACUAGUUUCCCUCUUUCUUCCUGUCGCCUUGAGCUCCUAUACGUGCAGAGCAGGCUAUCAGCCACAAUGGUCUACCUGCCGCCACCUGACCCCGCCUCCUCGUCACGUCCAUCCUAUGGAGAAACAUACGCGAACAUUAUCGCGAACCAUCGCCGCUCGCCAGCUACUUCUGCCUCAUCUGUAAUCAUACUUGUCGCACCAGACGUCGAUGCCCUGUGUGCAGCGCAAAUGCUUGCAGAGAUUUUCAAGCAAGACGACGUGAUGCACCGUAUCAUCCCUGUGUCCGGUCAUGCCGAACUGGAGCGCAUCCGGGACGAACUGGCCACGUACUCUGACUUGCAUACGCUGAUUCUGCUCAACAUGGGUGCUAUCUUAGAUCUUCCUUCCUCAGAGUGGUUUGGCGACUUCAGCGCGCAAAUCACAAUACAUGUUAUUGAUUCAUCGCGGCCUCAGAAUCUGUCUAGUUUAUUUGGCGGUGGAGAGAACGGUGAGAGAAUUGUCAUAUGGGACGAUGGCGGAGCAGAGGAUCUGCAGGAAGAGCGCAAGGCUUGGGAAGCCCUCACGUACGAACCCGAACCUGAUUCUGACGAGGAAGACUCGGAGCUAGAAUACGAUCGAGAGUCGGAACUGGAGGACAACGAGGAAGAGGAGGAAUUCGAGUCCGAGAGCCCAUCAGGCAAACGGAGAUCGUUAGGUAGCGGGGGCAAGUCCGGAAAACGGCGAAGAAUCGAGCGACGGCCGGCCAGAAUGUCAAGAGAGGAGCGAGACGAGUAUUCAUCGAAACUAGAGAAACACUACAUGUCCGGUACCUGGCAUGGACAAAGUGCAUCCGGCACGAUCUACAUCCUCGCGACUGUCUUGGAGCGUGUCGAUAACGACUUACUAUGGCUAGCUAUUCUAGGUCUGACAUACCAAUACAUCACCUCACGAAUUUCCCGCGAUGAAUACGACAAGUAUCAAUCCAUCUACUAUGACGAAGUCGCUCGUCUCAACCCUCGCCCUUCUGCGUCCGCCACCAACGAUUAUGACUUCAAGCCACAACAUCCAGAUGACCACUCCGUGUAUGCCGCGGACGAGCUGCGCUUUAUGAUGUUCCGCCACUGGAAUCUCUACGACGCGAUGUAUCACUCGAAUUAUGUCGCUAGCAAACUUGGCAUUUGGAAGGAGCGAGGGAGGAAGAGGUUGACUGGCUUGUUAGCCAAGAUGGGAUUCUCAAUUCCCGAGACACAACAGCCCUACCCUCACAUGGCGAAGGAUCUCAAGCUCUCCUUGCGAAGCAAACUCGACCAGAUUGCCCCGGAGUACGGUCUUGCCGAAUUGUCAUAUCCGUCCUUCACGCGCUGCUACGGCUACCGGUCACAGCCGCUCUCCGCAGGCGACGCUGUAGAAGCGGUAUCCGCGUUGCUGGAUGUAGCCGGCGGCAUCCGCAUGGAGGUCGAGGUAGAAGGCGCACGCAACGGUGGCGAGUGGUUCGGAGGCGGGCGGAUCUGGGAGGGGGGCAAACAAUGUAGGCGGAGAGAUGACGAGCGAGAGAACAUCCCUCCUGGUGGCGCUGCCAGCGUGGUAAAGACGUCAAACGCAAUAGCUGCUGGAGAUGAUAAGGAAGAAGAUAGCAGCUUCGACGUGCCAUGGUGGGUGAAGAACUUCUGGACCGCGUUUGAUGCUCUCAACGAUAUUGUACGCCUCCAAGAAGCAUUGCCGCUUUCCAUGGCCCUGCAUCGCGCUAUCAUGCGUCAGGGAUCGUCCAUCAUCGACAAGCACGACAUCCGCACGCUCCGCGGCCACCGCGUCGUCAUUCUCUCGCAAGGUCCCGACCUCGCACUCUUCGCACAUCCCGGCGUUCUCUCCCGGCUUGCACUCUGGCUCGUCGAGGCGCUGCGUGACCGGCUCCAGGGAACGAACCCCGCCUUCUCACGGAGCAAGCGCAAGAGCCUGCCUCUGGUCCUGGCGUGCAUGAACGAGAAGGAAGGGACGUAUAUCGUCGUUGGUGUCAUGGCAGCGCUUGAGUAUGGCAAUGUCCGUAAGAACGAGUUUGGCCUAGCCUUCUUAGACGCGAAAGAGCGAUGCAAUGCACGGACGCGACAUGGGUCGUUCGAUACGAGCAUUCUGGAGAUCAACAAGGAUGAUCUGAAGGUCUUCCUUGAAACCCUGUGCGAAGCUGGAGACGGGCAUCGGUGAGAUUGCACAUAACUCCAUGGAUAGUUCAUCUUGUUUCAUCUUGUUUUUCUCAUGUAACACAUCGGAUAUCGCGAUACUGUAUAAUCAUAGUACACAAUCUCGAACUUUUGGAUAUUCCUGACUGGAUUGUGGUAUAUUAAUGUGAGCUGCCGCACAGGCGUGAACGGUCACCGGUCAGUAACCAGUCCAUCAUAAUCAAUACAUCAACUGUAAAAUCGGUCUCCUUGGCUCGGAAUCACAAGAUGCCCUUCGUACUCGGUACAUCGUCGCCG